AUGUCCUCCGAGGAUCACCAAGCGUUGGCAGAUUCGUUCGUCUUUCUUGAAUCGACAGAGCGUCCUGCUGAGAGAAGGAGAAGCACGCGACGACGUAACAAAUCGAGGCACGGGAAUUCGUUGUCGCAACAGCUUCCACGAUCUUCACUUGCCAGCCAUCAAGACGACCUUCCUGAACCGAUCUGCACAGCAGAAGUUGCCAACUUGCUUCAAGGAGUUGUUCUAUUCAUUGAUAAGAAUCUUGCAUUGGAUUCACGACUUGGUACUAUUGCAACAAACCUUGGUGCUUCACGAUCCGAGUCGUUAGACAGCAAAGUAACGCACGUCAUUCAUGGUCCUUCUCCUUACACCAAUUCAACCCCCAACAACAACAAACAGCGUAUUCCACGUCUCGUUAAUCAAGCACUGGAUCGAGGCAUUCGCGUCGUUUCACCAUCAUGGAUCUACGAAUGUUAUGAGAAAAGGAGACGAUUACCAGAAAUGUAUUACCCUUUCGAUAUGGAUAGCACUUGUCGUCUUGAUUACAAUGCCGCAGCAACAUCACGAUCACAUGAUGAUGAUAACAUAUUUGAAUUACCGGAGGAGGAACUAGUAUCUUCUUCGGAUGAAGACAAUGAGCGUCAUGCACGAGUACCAGAAGAACAGCAUCAACAACAACACACCAUAAGCGAUAUUGAAGAGCGUGAUGAUAUGUAUGCCACACCACACGAGCCAUCUAUACCACAAGCAGUAGCAUCCAAUCAACUACAGGAAGAGGAAGAACAGCAUGGUGGGCCUGAACUUGUAUCAUCAUCUGAAGAAGAAGCACGUUUGGAGAGAAGGAGGAAACGUAUGGCUGAAAUUGCAAAGAUCAAGGCUGCCAAGAAACGACAACGUGAUCAAGCUGAUGGUGAUGAGGAUGAAGAAGAUGCUCCAUUGAUGUAUGAUGCUGCUGAAGGUGGCAAUGCUCUAUUGGCCGGUACAGAUCGACUUGAGAUUUGGUAUGGAGAACAAUCCUUCUAUCAUGAUUACAAUCCACAAGAAUCAACAACGACUUCAACACGACGAUCGAAUCGAACGCUUUCUAAAAGUGCAAAGAGAAGCAAAGGAAUCUAG